CGUAGGCAGACGGCUUCCUACGCGAGUCUUUCAAGGCGGGUUUCUGUUCCUAGGCAGGAGCUGGCUAUGGAAUAGGAGGGGAAGGAAUCUGGAAGUUAUAAGCACCAGGGUCUCCAGUUCCAACUACAACGUUUUGCGAUCGAAAGGAAACGGCGUCCCACUAACUUCAGAUGGCGCGAGGAUUCAUGAUCGUGCCCUUUCCUAAUUUUUCUGGGCAAGGAAUCUCAUCUCACUUAACUUCAGGCUCCCUCCUUCCGCGCGAGUCUCUGCAGAAGCCGCAGCGCUACGCGCUGUUGCUGCCGCCCGGCCGGCUCGCCUUUCGCCAUGGACUGGCAGCCAGACGAGCAGGGCCUACAGCAGGUCCUACAGCUUCUCAAAGACUCGCAGUCGCCCAACACAGCCACUCAGCGCAUCGUGCAGGAUAAACUUAAACAACUCAACCAGUUUCCUGACUUCAACAAUUAUCUGAUCUUCGUCCUGACGAGACUCAAAUCAGAAGAUGAGCCAACCCGGUCUCUCAGUGGUCUCAUCCUUAAGAACAAUGUGAAGGCGCAUUACCAGAGUUUCCCUCCUCCUGUAGCCGAUUUCAUCAAACAGGAGUGUCUCAACAAUAUCGGGGACGCGUCCUCGCUCAUUCGAGCCACCAUUGGAAUUCUUAUCACCACCAUCGCUUCCAAGGGUGAGCUGCAGAUGUGGCCUGAGCUGCUACCCCAGCUGUGCAACCUGCUCAACUCUGAGGAUUACAAUACCUGUGAGGGAGCCUUUGGAGCCCUGCAAAAGAUCUGUGAGGACUCCUCUGAACUUUUGGAUAGUGAUGCUCUCAACAGGCCCCUGAACAUCAUGAUCCCCAAGUUCCUGCAGUUUUUCAAGCACUGCAGCCCCAAGAUCCGGUCCCAUGCUAUUGCCUGUGUGAACCAGUUCAUCAUGGACCGGGCCCAGGCGCUGAUGGACAACAUUGAUACCUUCAUCGAGCACUUGUUUGCCCUGGCUGUGGAUGAUGAUCCCGAGGUACGGAAGAAUGUGUGCCGUGCCCUAGUGAUGCUUCUGGAAGUGCGCAUUGACAGGCUCAUCCCCCACAUGCACAGUAUCAUCCAGUACAUGCUACAGAGGACACAGGACCACGACGAGAAUGUGGCCCUGGAGGCCUGUGAGUUCUGGCUGACGCUGGCUGAACAGCCCAUCUGCAAGGAAGUUUUGGCUUCCCACCUGGUCCAGUUGAUCCCCAUUCUUGUGAAUGGGAUGAAGUACUCUGAAAUUGACAUCAUCUUGCUCAAGGGGGAUGUAGAGGAGGACGAGGCAGUACCUGACAGCGAGCAAGACAUCAAGCCACGUUUCCACAAGUCACGCACGGUGACAUUGCCCCAUGAGGCUGAGAGGCCUGAUGGCUCUGAGGAUGCAGAAGAUGAUGACGACGAUGAUGCUUUGUCCGACUGGAAUCUGAGGAAGUGCUCAGCAGCUGCGCUGGAUGUCCUUGCCAAUGUCUUCCGGGAGGAACUGCUGCCUCACCUGCUCCCCCUACUCAAGGGCCUUCUGUUUCACCCUGAGUGGGUGGUCAAGGAGUCAGGCAUCCUGGUGCUGGGUGCCAUUGCUGAAGGCUGCAUGCAGGGAAUGGUACCCUAUCUGCCUGAGCUGAUCCCACACCUUAUCCAAUGCCUGUCGGAUAAAAAGGCGCUGGUGCGCUCCAUUGCCUGCUGGACACUGAGCCGAUAUGCCCACUGGGUGGUCAGUCAGCCACCUGAUAUGCACCUCAAGCCUCUGAUGACAGAGCUGCUCAAGCGUAUCCUGGAUGGCAAUAAGAGGGUGCAGGAGGCAGCUUGCAGUGCCUUUGCCACACUGGAGGAGGAGGCGUGCACAGAGCUGGUGCCUUACCUCAGCUACAUCCUUGAUACUCUCGUCUUUGCCUUUGGCAAAUACCAGCACAAGAAUCUACUCAUCCUCUAUGAUGCCAUUGGCACCCUGGCUGACUCUGUGGGUCACCACCUCAACCAGCCGGAGUACAUUCAGAAGCUGAUGCCCCCACUGAUCCAGAAGUGGAACGAGCUCAAGGAUGAAGAUAAGGAUCUUUUCCCCCUGUUGGAGUGCCUGUCAUCUGUGGCCACUGCCCUGCAGAGUGGCUUCCUGCCCUACUGUGAGCCUGUCUACCAGCGCUGUGUUACCCUGGUACAGAAGACAUUGGCCCAGGCCAUGAUGUACACACAGCACCCUGAGCAGUACGAGGCCCCUGACAAGGACUUCAUGAUCGUGGCUCUGGACCUGCUUAGUGGCUUGGCUGAGGGCCUGGGUGGCCAUGUGGAGCAGCUGGUAGCCCGAAGUAACAUCAUGACACUGCUCUUCCAGUGUAUGCAGGAUUCCAUGCCAGAAGUCCGGCAGAGCUCCUUUGCUCUCUUGGGAGACCUCACCAAAGCCUGCUUCAUCCAUGUCAAGCCCUGUAUUGCUGAGUUCAUGCCUAUCCUGGGCACCAACCUGAACCCUGAGUUCAUCUCUGUCUGCAACAAUGCCACCUGGGCCAUUGGUGAGAUCUGCAUGCAGAUGGGGGCAGAGAUGCAACCCUACGUGCAGAUGGUCCUCAACAACCUGGUGGAGAUCAUUAACCGGCCCAACACUCCCAAGACACUGCUGGAAAACACAGGUCGCCUGACGAGUCCCUCUGCCAUUCCAGCCAUCACCAUUGGCCGCCUGGGCUACGUGUGCCCACAGGAGGUGGCACCCAUGCUGCAGCAGUUCAUCAGACCUUGGUGCACGUCCCUCAGAAACAUCCGGGACAAUGAGGAGAAGGAUUCAGCCUUCCGUGGCAUCUGCAUGAUGAUUGGUGUUAAUCCUGGGGGCGUCGUGCAGGACUUUAUUUUCUUCUGCGAUGCUGUAGCCUCCUGGGUGAGCCCGAAGGAUGACCUUCGGGACAUGUUUUAUAAGAUCCUCCAUGGCUUCAAAGACCAAGUUGGGGAGGAGAAUUGGCAACAGUUCUCAGAGCAGUUCCCACCACUGCUCAAGGAGAGGCUGGCAGCCUUCUAUGGGGUCUAGGUGAACGUGGAGACCAUCAGGUUUCUGUCUACGUCAUCGUCGGAGGGAUUGCUGGGGAGCGUGCUGCGUCCAGAAGUCACUGUGCCCUGGUCAAGGGGGGUUAGGGAGGAGUAAGUGGGACCCAAAUCUAGAUGCUUCCUGUCCGUUCAUCCGACGGUCCACCUGCCCCACCGAGCCUGACACAUGGGCAGGUGGGUGGGGUGUCCACACUCAUCCUACAAACAGGGAGGGGGGUGGGACUUCUUGGCGGCGAGAACCCCCUGGGUUCUAAUCUACGUCAUCUCAGGCAGCCCACCUGGGCCAGCCAUGUGGGAGGGAGGAAUCCACAAGGCCGACUGAAUCCAGUGUCCGAUGAGGCAAGGGGAUUGCAGGAGGGGAGGGGGGGUUCCUUGUAGAGAAGCAAGCGUACAUUCACAUGUACACGUGGCCACACGCAUGUGCGGGCACUGCAGCCAGCUAGGCUGGACCAGCCACCCCACCAUUUCCUCGACUGCAUGGAGACAGUAGAAUUAGUGAACCCGAGUUAAGCCUUAUGGCCUUCCGUGUACCCUGCAUCUAGAGUAUAAGAAGCUUCUGCUGUUUUGCCAGAUCGGUGGUGAUUAGGGAGGGCUGGGGGGGGGUAGGGGACCUCAGCUGGGACCCUAGGGUGGGGGGAGGAGGACAGCCACCUUGGGGCUGCCCUAACAGCACGUGCACGCUUUGGACCUGCUCCACACACUUCUGCCAGCUCUGUGGCAGCCUCAUUUAGUGUGUCCCCAUCUUUGUCCCAUCCCAGCCAGCAGCAGAGUGGGGGCCAUUGGAGCAGCUGGGUUUCCCUGAGGCUGCCCUGUCCCCCAUCCUUUCCUGUGCUCUUUAGGUAUUUGAAGGCAUGAGCUGGGAACUUUUUCCCUUAAGAGAUCUGGGGGCACCCAGAGCUGCUGGCACCUCCCGUUGCAUCUCUCUGGAAGCAGUUUCAGGGGUGGUCCAGUUCUCUGCUUCUGAGAGCCUCCUCAGGACCUGGGGCAGGUGCAUUUGUUUGAUGAGGACAAAGGACAGGUUUAUUCCGUCCAGCAAGGAGUAGCAGGGCUUAGAGAAGGGUGGACCCAUUCCCUCGACUGUGUUCUGGAACUUACUACUCAUCACAGUGCUCAGACCCUACCAGACUGGGACACCAAUGAGAACUUUCUAGUGAUUGGUUGGGGAUGCCAUCAAGGUGGGAGGGGUUCUCCUAGAGGAGGAAGGUGUGGUUAUUUCCAAAUUGACUGGUCACUGGCCCUGCAGUUCCCUUAAACGUUUUUCUUUUUCUUCCCUGCUUUCUACUACUUUGGGAGACCCUUAUAUUUUGGGCUUUGACUGGAGCCCUGCAUCUCAGGGCCUGCUCCCUCCAUCCUUCCAAGGUCCUGGACCCCAUCCCAUCUGGGCCCUCUGUCUUCUCUCAAGCAGGGUAUGCCCUGCCUCUAUCCCCAGAGGCACCAAGUGCACAUUCCAUAACUCAGCUAGUCAUCCCAUCCCCUCCAGCCUGAAACUUGAGCAGGUCUCUGAAAGCCAUUUGUAGGGGGAAAAAAUUAACUUUUUGGUAAUUCCAGUUCUUUGGAGCAUCCUCUGCUGGGUCUUGGGGUGUACUGAUGGAUUGGCUGUCUGAUGGGGUUGUAAUUAUUCCCCUCUGUUCAAGGUGGGGGGCUCCAACCACCUUCAGGGAAGGGGAGCCUGAUUCUUCUAGUUUUCCGUUUUUUUUUUUUUUUUUUU